UCGGCGCAGGCGCAGUGGUGCGAGCCCGGCUGGGAGGAAACAUGCCGUCCACUUCGUUCUCCGGGAGGUUGUACUCCCUGCUGUUCCGCAGGACCUCCACCUUCGCGCUCACCAUCGCCGUGGGCGUCCUGUUCUUCGAGCGCGCCUUCGAUCAAGGCGCGGACGCGAUCUACGAGCAGAUGAACGAGGGGAAGCUGUGGAAACAUAUCAAGCACAAGUAUGUGACCAGUGAGUAGAUCCUCGCCUCUGCCUUGGAGGAGCCCUGGACCAGCCCAUCCGCCUGCUGUUUGCCCAAAGCAGAGGCCUCAGCCCGAAGAUGAUUCUUAAGUUAUUCUUUGUGGACCAGCUCUAGCUGUUGGCAAAAAAAAUUUUAAAAAAUGGCUCCACCCCCUAAAAUAGACUCUUAACUUCUGCUGUUUGAUGAGUUUUGUCAGUCAUCAGCAAAUAAAUGUAAAUUAACCAUGA